AAGCUGGGGGCAGAGGAACGGGAUGUGUGAACCUGCUCCUCCAACACACUCAGCCUGGCACUCUUUUCUAGAAUGUCCUGCCCUGCUGCUUCUGCUAUCUUUGCUGCUGCUUCCCCUGGGCCUCCCAGUCCUGGGCGCCCCCCCUCGCCUCAUCUGUGACAGCCGAGUCCUGGAGAGGUACAUUCUGGAGGCCAGGGAGGCCGAAAAUGUCACGAUGGGCUGUGCUGAAGGCUGCAGCUUCAGUGAGAAUAUCACUGUCCCAGACACCAAGGUCAACUUCUAUACCUGGAAGAGGAUGGACGUCGGGCAGCAGGCUGUGGAAGUCUGGCAGGGCCUCGCCCUGCUCUCAGAAGCCAUCCUGCGGGGCCAGGCCCUGCUGGCCAACUCCUCCCAGCCAUCUGAGACCCUGCAGCUGCAUGUGGAUAAAGCCGUCAGCAGCCUGCGCAGCCUCACCUCCCUGCUUCGGGCACUGGGAGCCCAGAAGGAAGCCACCUCCCUUCCAGAGGCAACCUCUGCUGCUCCACUCCGAACAUUCACUGUCGAUACUUUGUGCAAACUUUUCCGAGUCUACUCCAACUUCCUGCGGGGAAAGCUGACGCUGUACACAGGGGAGGCCUGCCGAAGAGGAGACAGGUGACCAGGUGCUCCCACCCCGGGCAUGUCCACCACCUCACUUACCACCACUGCCUGUGCCACGCCCUCUGCACCACCACUCCUGACCCCUGUCGGGGGUGAUCAGCUCAGCACCAGCCUGUCCCACGGACACUCCAUGGCCAGUGGUGACAUCGCAAGGGCCAGAGGAACUGUCCAGAGCGCAACUCAGAUCUAAGGAUGUCACAGGGCCAGCCUGAGGCCCCGAAGCAGGAGGAAUUUGGAGGAAAUAAGCUUAAACUUGGGGAUGGAGCCUUGCUGGGGAGAAACCGAAACUCAUCUUGGUGCCCUGCCGAACCGUGAUGCCGGGACAAGGUGGAGGGCCGAUGCCUCUUCGUGCACCCAUCAGGCAGGGAUAGGAGGGACCGGAGAAUUUAGGUGGCGAGCCAUGAAUUCUCCAGGUCUCAUGGGCACUCCCAUGAUAGUAAGAGCCCGCCGGACGCAGGGUGGUGGGAGCCAGGGAGAUGGGAUGGGGGCUGGCCCCUGGCUCCCAGUGGGUCCACAUCUUGUGUAUUUUUCAA